GUUGGUGUGCGUGCAAGGGGCUGAGCUUCCAUCCUCUCAGAGAUAGAGGUUGACAGUCAGGUUAGCAGAAUGCAGAGAGCUGUGGUGUCUCUACUGGUCCUGCAAUGGGCCUGGACCCUGAAAGGAAUCCCUGUGCUCCCAGAAACUUAUAUCCUUGCACAGGAGAACUUUGAUUUGGGCCAGUUCAUGGGGAAGUGGUAUGAAGUAGCAGUGGUUUCCACCUGUCCUUACUACAUGCAGCGUAAGAGAGGAAACCCUGUCAUUGUUACAUUGGAGCUAAAACAUGUUGCUUCUCAGGACAACUUCACAAUGACAGCCACUAAUUUAAGGAAUGACUCAUGUAUACAGACAUCCACAGUUUACAGUUUGACCAACACUCCAGGACGAUUCUUCCACCACGUUGCAAGGUUCGGAGCCGAUGUUGAUUCCUUCGUGGUUCAUACUAACUAUGAUGAGUUUGCGAUGAUGGUUCUGCUGGGCACAGAGAGACCAGCAGAAAUUAAGACCACCACUGUGAAGCUCUAUAGUCGAUCUAUGGUUGUGAAAGAUGCUGUGUUGGAUGACUUCAAAACACUGGCCAGACAACAGGGAAUGAGUGACGACACUAUCAUCAAUAAUCAGAACAAAGGUGAGUGUACUCCUAGUGAGCCGGUGACAGAGCCCACUCCUAAAUCUCAGGUCUAAGAGAAAUGAGGUGGGCACAUAGCUGGUAAUGCUUCACCAGCUCAAAAGCUCAUGUGGACAACCUGAAGAUGAAGAACAUCACAGCUCAUCUCAUCAUAAACAAUUAUAGUCUAUGAAUGGAUGACUGUUUCCUUAAUAGAAAAAUCAACACUGUUUGGUUUGCAUUGACGUUCUCUGAAUACUUUUAACACUAUGUCACUAUUUACAGCAAUUUAAUUAUUAUAUUCAUAUACAAAGGCUUUUUAAAUGUAAUUUGUGAUGUGCUACAUAAAAUAUCAUUCACAUAUACACACUUUAAGUAGAAAGUGUAUCCAGACUUUUGAAAUAAUGACUGAAAAAAUCAUUAGUUCAUCAUAAUUCAAACUAAUCUUUAGUCAUUUACUCUCAGACAGUUAACCAGUAAAAACACAUUGUAUUUGUGCUAUAGUAACUGUAAUUUGACACAGAAGAAGAAAAAGCACUGGUAGACUUUUUAAAUAUUCAACACAAUUUUAAUGAUUGGUUGCUUUCCCCCCACCUCCAGUGAUUAUAAUUGUAUAUUUACAAAAUGCUGACUUGUACCUAAACAAUUAAAAAUGUGAAUCCAGAAAUAUAACUUCGUAUAAAAUAUAUCUCAAUCUGUGAAGUUUCAUCCAACAGAACAAACUGAAGAUUACUUGUUUACCAGUAAAAAAAAAAAAAAAAGCUAUCUAUAAAAACCACAGUAAUGCAGGGUAAAAUAUCAUGUGUUACUUAUUAGUCUCUCAGAUCAUCAAAUGUAUUGAUUUGUUGAUGUUGCCAAAACUCUGAAGUCCAACAUUUAAGCAGUCAGCUGCUCAGUCGAGUAAAAGAGACAAAGAAAGAGACGGAGAGAACUUUGCUCUUUUUCUUGUUUGUUUUUUACUUGGCCGUGGGAGUGUGUGGGGCCACAGCACACACACAACACAGGUCAAUGCCCUGUCCCCCUUUGGAGGGAUGAG